AUGGCUGAAGAGAGGUAUGGGCAUGAGGAGGAAUCCUAUGAGGAAGAAGAACUCGAUCAAACAAGCUUUAGAUCAGUCAAGGAUGCAGUUCUAUUUGCGAUUGACGUAAGCAGUUCAAUGUUAGAGCCCCGUCCAUCAUCCGACCCAAAGAAACCUGCGGUAUCUCCUACAGCAGCAGCUCUCAAAUGCGCACAUAAUUUGAUACAGCAGCGCAUCAUUUCCAAUCCUCAUGACAUGAUGGGAGUCCUCCUUUACGGGACCAAGUCAUCCAAAUUUUAUGGCGAGAAUGGAGAGACCAGCGAUCUAUCAUACCCACAUUGUUAUCUGUUUACCGAUCUUGAUGUCCCAUCAGCCGAAGAAGUGAAGGGACUACGAAGCCUUAUUGAAAGCGAGGAAGAGGCUAAGGAGGUUUUACAGCCAUCCGAUGAGCGGGUUUCCAUGGCCAACGUCUUAUUUUGUGCGAACCAAGUCUUUACUUCCAAGGCUCCAAAUUUCGUUUCGCGGCGAUUAUUCAUUGUGACCGACGAUGACAACCCACAUGCUGAUAACAAGGUCCUUCGUUCUGCAGCCACCGUUCGUGCGAGAGAUCUGUACGAUCUGGGUGUCACCAUUGACUUGUUCCCUAUUUCUCAACCAGACCAUGAAUUUGACAUUUCUAAAUUUUAUGAUGAUAUCAUUUACAAAACAGCGCCCAUUGAUGGUGAAGCUCCGGCAUAUUUGCAGCCAGACAUUCAUACUUCCACGGUCAAAGGGGACGGAAUUUCGCUACUCAAUUCUCUCACGUCAAGCAUCAAUUCCAGAUCUGUGCCCCGAAGAUGUCUCUUCUCCAACAUAUCGCUGGAGAUGGGUCCUAAUUUCAAAAUUUCUGUGAAUGGCUAUCUCUUACUCAAGCGACAGGAAAUUGCGAGAAGUUGCUAUGUUUGGCUUGGCGGAGAAACCCCCCAGAUUGUCAAAGGGACAACUACCCUAAUGGCAGAUGAUGCAGCUCAAGAGGUUCAACCGACAGAGAUCAGAAAGGCAUAUAAAUUCGGUGGCGAGCAGAUUUCAUUUACAGUCGAUGAACAACAGGCCCUGAAAAACUUUGGUAGCCCCGUAAUCCGGAUCGUGGGCUUCAAGCCUCUCUCUUCCCUUCCAUUUUGGGCUAAUGUCAGGCAUCCAACGUUCAUCUACCCAUCCGAAGAAGACUAUGUUGGCUCAACGCGCGUCUUUUCUGCACUACAUCAAAAACUUGAGAAGGACAAGAAAUUGGCGCUUGUCUGGUUCAUUCCUCGCAAGGGUGCGACACCAGUCUUGGCUGCUAUGAUUCCAGGUGCGGAGAAGAUGGACGAGAAUGGUAUACAAAAGAUACCUCCUGGGAUGUGGAUUAUUCCACUGCCUUUUGCAGAUGAUGUGCGACAGAAGCCUUCAUAUGAUGAGAUGCAGAAGCCCGAGUACAAAAAGGUGGAAUCCCCAGAGUCGCUCACGGACGCCAUGCGUGCAGUUAUUGGGCAAUUGCAGCUUCCCAAGGGUGUUUAUGAUCCUGAAAAAUAUCCCAAUCCCUCUCUUCAAUGGCAUUAUCGCAUUCUUCAGGCUCUGGCCCUAGAUGAAGAUCACCCAGGAACCCCAGAUGACAAGACCGUUCCCAAGUUUCGGCAAAUUGACAAGCGCUGCGGUGAUUAUGUACUUGCGUGGUCCAAGGAACUGGACAUUCAGGCCGAGAAGCUUCUUGGUGGCACUUCUGCUUCAUUAUCUACACUGGUCAAACGCGGUACUAAAGAUCGGGGUGACGGACCUCCCACCAAAAAGGUCAAGGUCGAAAAUGAUGCUCUAGACAUUGACGAGGAAGUCACAACAAAAUAUCAAAAUGGAUUAUUAAACAAGCUCACCAUACCCAAACUGAAGGCAUUUCUGCAUUUCCAUGGCCGUACUGCAACUGGCAACAAAGCCGAUCUUGUGAACCUUGUAGAGCUUCAUUUUGAAAAGACGUCGAAGUGA